CGCAAAAAGGAAAGCCUGAGUGGAGGGGCUUACAUUGGUGCUAUCUCAGUUUAUGAAGCUAAUGAUUCCUCCCUUAAGGAUUGCCUCUCAAGGCUUUAAGUAAUGCCACUUACUGUUGCACUUUCAACAUUUGCUAUCCAUAUCUGAUAAGGGAAACCAAGACGAAAAAAUUAAAUUUCCUUACUACUUAACAGCCCAUUGUUAAGUCCUGAAACAGGCAGAGUGACAUUCCGCUGGGAACUCAGCUUCUCCGAUGUUAAGACUUUGCUAAAGGCAAGAGGCAAUCAACCUGAGGAUUCCACCCCCACCUCCUGUCCCAGGAUCCUGGUAGUGAUAUGCAGCGUGGCACUCUCCUAUGAUGCUGGCCAGCGACAGUGGGAUUCAGCUCCCAGUAUGUAUACAAUCAUUCUGCUUUUCACUUCCAGUACAGUACUCAAUAAGUUACAUGAGAUCUUCAGUGCUUUAUUAUAAAGUUCUGGGAAGUUCUGGAUUUUUUAACAACCAUGGACUCCAAAUACAGCAGCAGCAACAAAGGAAUCUCUCACUACAUGAAUACAUGAGUAUGGAAUUGUUGCAAGAAGCUGGUGUCUCCAUUCCCAAAGGACAUGUGGCAAAAUCACCAGAUGAAGCUUAUGCAGUUGCCAAAAAAUUAGGUUCAAAAGACGUUGUGAUAAAGGCACAGGUUUUAGCUGGUGGUAGAGGAAAAGGAACAUUUGAGAGUGGCCUCAAAGGAGGAGUGAAGAUAGUUUUCUCUCCAGAAGAAGCAAAAGCUGUUUCCUCACAAAUGAUUGGGAAAAAGUUGUUUACCAAGCAAACAGGAGAAAAAGGCAGAAUAUGCAAUCAAGUAUUGGUUUGUGAGAGAAGAUAUCCCCGGAGAGAAUACUACUUUGCAAUAACAAUGGAAAGGUCAUUUCAAGGUCCUGUAUUAAUAGGAAGUUCUCAAGGUGGUGUCAACAUUGAAGAUGUUGCUGCUGAGACUCCUGAGGCCAUAUUUAAAGAACCUAUUGAUAUUGUAGAAGGCAUCAAGAAGGAACAAGCUGUCCGGCUUGCACAGAAGAUGGGAUUUCCACCUAAUAUUGUGGAUUCUGCGGCAGAAAAUAUGGUCAAGCUUUACAACCUUUUCCUGAAAUACGAUGCAACUAUGGUAGAAAUAAAUCCAAUGGUAGAGGAUUCAGAUGGAUCUGUGCUGUGCAUGGAUGCAAAGAUCAACUUUGAUUCUAAUUCAGCUUAUCGCCAGAAGAAAAUCUUUGACUUACAGGAUUGGACCCAGGAAGAUGAAAGGGAGAAAGGUGCAGCUAAGGCAGAUCUCAACUACAUUGGCCUUGAUGGAAAUAUAGGCUGUCUAGUAAAUGGUGCUGGUUUGGCGAUGGCCACAAUGGAUAUAAUAAAACUUCACGGAGGGACUCCAGCGAACUUUCUUGAUGUUGGUGGUGGUGCCACAGUCCAUCAAGUAACAGAGGCAUUUAAGCUUAUCACUUCAGAUAAAAAGGUACUGGCUAUUCUGGUCAACAUUUUUGGAGGAAUCAUGCGGUGUGAUGUUAUUGCACAGGGUAUAGUUAUGGCAGUAAAGGAUUUGGAAAUUAAAAUACCUAUUGUGGUACGGUUACAAGGUACAAGAGUUGAUGAUGCUAAGGCACUGAUAGCAGACAGUGGACUUAAAAUUCUUGCUUGUGAUGACUUGGAUGAAGCUGCUAAAAUGGUUGUAAAGCUCUCUGAAAUAGUGACCUUAGCCAAGCAAGCCCAGGUGGAUGUGAAAUUUCAGUUGCCAAUCUGAUUGGAGAACCCGGUGGAUGGCUGAAGGUGUUAAAUGUGCGAUAAUCGUUAAAAAUACUGUGUUCUGUGUUAUUAUUGUUCCUUUUCUUUUUAGUGUACGGAGAUUAUAAUUGCCAGCUAGGCACAAAAACUUUUAAAAGCAUUUGGUCUGCAUUUAAUUCUACUGUUCAGAGUGGGCUGUUUGUAUAAAGAAUGUAUAAUGCAGUGAUCUAGUUUCUUUUGUUGCAGCUUUCUUUUUCACUUCUAUAGAAUGUCACUCACAAUAUGCCAGUUUAUUGUUAGAUUCAACAUUCUUCAUUGAUGAGAGUCCUAUGAAUAAAAUAAAUAUGAAGAUAAAGCUUUAUUCUUUAGUGUUAGAAAUAUAUUAUAUCUGAUAACUAGUCUCAUUAGCAGAGCAAUGUGUUAAAACAAUGUUUUAUAUUAGAAGUGUUUAUCUUCAACACCAAAUACCUAUCUAAAUAUAUCACUAUUUAUAAAAAGAGCUUUCAAACACUCCCCAAAAUAUUCUUUUAAGUAUGUCAGUGAAAUAACUUGUUAUUUGAACAUUGUUUUAAGCAUCAUAAAACACUGAUUACUGUAAGUCUUCUUGAUCCUGUGGUAUUGAUAAGAACGGGUGGGUUUGUAUCAAAUAAAGGUAUAUUCAGUAAGGACUUGGCAGACAAAAUUAACAGUGUCAAUUUAAGUUAAUAAAAAUCUCCCAAUGUGACUUGGA